UCUUCUUCUUCUGCUGUUGCUGCUGCAUCUUCAACAUCUCAACUUCAACACCUCUCUCUCGCUUGGGAAGAAUCGCAAUGACGAACUCCAUGGGCCCCCCUCCCCCCAUAAACCCUAAUUUACCAGAUACCGCUCCCUCAAUGCCUCCUCCCCGCGACUCAACAGAACCCCAACCGUCGAUGCCGCCGCCUCGCGACUCAACAGAACCCCAACCACCGCUGCCGCCGCCUCGCGAUUCGCACAAGCCUCCCUCGCAGGGUGUUGCGGUUCCUUACAAGAUUCCCCCGUGGAGCGCUGCCCCUUGUCACCAGUUCUACCUGGAGGUUCUCAAGGACGGUUCCAUCAUCGACAAAUUCGACGUGUGCGAGAAAGGAGCUUACAUGUUCGGCCGAUUGGAUCUCUGCGACUUCGUGCUCGAGCACCCCACUAUUUCUAGGUUUCAUGCUGUUAUUCAGUUUAAGAGAAGUGGAGAUGCAUAUCUCUAUGAUCUUGGGAGUACUCACGGAACGUUUUUGAACAAAAAUCAGGUGGAAAAGAACACAUAUGUUGACUUGCAUGUUGGUGAUGUCAUUCGAUUUGGCAGGUCAUCUCGCAUGUUCAUUUUUCAAGGACCACCUGACUUGAUGCCUCCUGAAACUAAUGCAAAACUUAUGAAAGAAGUGAAGAUGCGGGAAGCAAUGCUAGAUAGGGAAGCUUCAGUGCGAAGAGCAAGACAGGAAGCAUCUCUUGCUGAGGGUAUAUCUUGGGGCAUGGGUGAGGAUGCUAUUGAAGAAGAAGAGGAUGACGCUGAAGAAGUGACGUGGCAGUCAUACAAAGGACAACUUACAGAAAAACAAGAAAAAACCCGUGAGAAAAUAAUCAAAAGGAUGGAAAAGAUUGCUAAUAUGAAGAAAGAAAUAAAUUCUAUACGAGUUAAAGACAUUUCUCAGGGUGGAUUAACUCAAGGCCAACAGGUUCAGAUUGCUAGGAAUGAACAGAGAAUAACGCAGAUAUUGGAAGAACUCGAGAACUUGGAAGAGACAUUGAAUGAUAGUAUUCGAGAAAGUCUUGGUGCACGUACAGGAAAAAUGUCUCAUGGCAAGAAGAAAGGCACAAUUGAAGAAGAAGAAGAAUAUGUUAGUGAUGAUGAUGAAUUUUAUGACCGUACCAAGAAAAAGCCUUCACAUCAGAAACCUGGUGACAACCAAUCUGUUGAGACUGCAGAUACUCUUCUUGAUAAGAGAGAUGCCAUCACCAAUGAAAUGAAUGAAAAGAAAGAGUUGCUUAUGAUUGAAAAGAACAAUAUGUUGUCAAAGUCAAAGAGUGCCACACAAGACGAAGUUGAUGACUCACUUGAUGCGUACAUGUCAGGGCUGUCAUCUCAACUAGUGUAUGAUAAAAGUGUGCAACUUGAAAAGGAAUUGUCAACUCUUCAGACUGAGCUUGAUAGAGUAUACUACCUGUUGAAGAUUGCUGACCCAACAGGAGAAGCUGCCAAGAAAAGGGAGUUGAUGGCGCAAGAACCCAAACUAAAAAAAUCUGAAAAUAUCUCUACCGUCAAGAAGAAACCACCUGCAGAGGCACAUAAAAGCAGUGAGCCUUGUGCAAAGGCAGAUAACAAGAAAGUUAAGAAACCACCUGUGGAAACCCAGAUCAGCAAGACCUCUGUCAAAUCAGAUGACUGUAUAGAAGGAGAAAAAGCUAGUGCUGCAACUUCGGGUUUAGACAAGUCAGAACCUGGCCAUGACAAGUUGGAGGCUGAGAAUGUUGUAUUUGCUGUACCAAAGCCCCAAUGGCUUGGUGCUGUAGAGGAUAGAGUUGCAGAUGAUACCCAACAGUCGUUGCCCUCUCCCUCUCCGAACGUGCAUGACACAGAUGAGUCCAAUCAGUUUGUGGACUACAAGGACAGGGGAAAAAUUUUGGGCAGUGGUGAUAGUGCAAAGGCUUCAGCGGAAUUUAAAAUUGAGUCUGCUGCUGGUCUAAUUUUAAGGAAACGGAAGCAAGUUGAGACGACCGCAGCAAAUAGUAAUGACACCUCUCAACAAUUGACAUCCUCCACGUCAGGGGAAAAAAUGGCUGAGGAUGCUGUGGCACUGCUAUUGAAGCACAAUGGGGGGCUGUAUACUAAUGAGGAGGAAAGAAGUGAAGACCAAAAGAGGAGGGGCCCUAAAAGAGUGCUUGGGCCUGAGAAACCGUCCUUCUUGAAUAAUGAGAUGGAUUAUGACUCCUGGGUUCCACCUGAAGGACAAUCAGGUGAUGGACGUACUUCCUUGAAUGAUAGACUUGGCUACUAAGGUCGGUUGAUGUGAACCAAUGUUCAUUACGAGAAGGGAGUUUAGGCUGUGAACAUUUACCUAUAUAUAUUGACGAGGGAGCAGGCUUACUUUACUCAGCAUUGAUGCACUUAAAAGCAGGGUUUUGGUUAAAUAUGACUUUCAGUGACUUCAAAUCCCUUCUAAAGAAGUGAAAGAAUGAAGUUUGUUGGUGAAAAGACUGAUGUAAGUAACAGACACAUGGUGGCUUGAAAAGCUUUUUAAAUGUAGUGAUAGACAGAUGUAAUUCACUGAUACCGUUGUCAAAUGCUCGCAGCAUGUUCUUAGUAGAGGUUUGAAUGAGGCAGGCUACGCCAUCCUGUUCUGAUUAAUAGCAAAGCAGUUUAGACCCAAAACUCAUGCUACUGUCCUUCGGAAUGUAAGGCCAAUGAUAAGUGUCUACCCAAAUACCCGUGAAGUGGACAAUGAAAAUUAUCUGCGUAGCGAUCGGACAUUAUACGGGACAAAAUAGUUAAAGAUGAAUAUUGAACCUCAUUAGGGGGGAAAUAUACUUUGAUAUGGAAGAGAUAUUUGUUAGAAUUUAUAAUAACUACACUACGCUAAUUAUCGGUAUGAUUCCUCUUUUUGGCGAAUGGAAUGAACAGUUUAUAGAUGAA